UAACAUUUUAGUGAAUUUGAACAAAACUGUUAUUAAUCUAUAAUAAAUUGUAUUUUUUAUACAUUAAACACAUGCAGAUUUGAAAGGCUUUUCGACUUUAAGAAGUAAAUGUUAGAACGAACACAAGUUAACCUGAAAUGUGUGAAGAAACAAAAUCAACAACCAUUAAAAUGGAACAACUCGAAUAUAUUCAAGUUAAACAAGAAUUAGAUGAUUAUGAAGUAACAGAGGUAUGUCCGGAAGACGAAGAAAAAUAUCCACAACAAUUUUCACAAUCUGAGGUUACAAUCAAAGAAGAAAUAGAGCAAGAAGAACAACUCCAUAAGUGUAAAAUUUGCAACAAAACAUUCAAAACCCAACAAGAAUUAAAUCAACAUAAAAUAAUCCACAGCGAAAGUAUUCUUAAAUGCGAGAUAUGUGAUAAAACAUUUAAUUCAAAACGAUAUUUACGACGACAUACGAUCACGGUUCACAUAGAAGGACGCCUUUAUAAAUGUGAGGCAUGCGAUAAAGCAUUUAAAUUCAAGAAAUCAUUAAAACUACAUGAAAAGAUCCAUACUGGAGAUAGCCUCUUCAAAUGUGCAGUAUGCCAUAAAACAUUCACCACAAAACAAUAUCUAAGCCGACAUAAAAUAAUUCAUACAGGAGAACGCCCUUAUAAAUGUGAGGCAUGUGAUAAAACAUUUCAAAGCAAAUAUACAUUAACCGAACAUGAAAAGAUCCAUACUGGAGAGCUAUUACAUAUAUGUAAAAUAUGCAAUAAAGGAUUUAAACGAUUAAGCCAUCUAAGACAACAUAAUUCAGUCCAUAUCGAAGAACGCCCUUUUAAAUGUGAAAUAUGCAAUAAAGGAUUUACAAGAAAAACCCAUCUAGACGUGCAUGGAGUGAUCCAUACUGGAGAACGUCCUUUCAAAUGCGAAAUAUGCAAUAAAACAUUCAAUUUGAAAAAAACUUUAAAACAGCAUGAAAAUAUCCAUACUGGUGAACGAAGUUAUGAGUGUGAAAUAUGCAAUAAAAAGUUUUCAAGAUUGAGUCAAUUGAAAAGGCAUUUAUCAGUGCAUCACAAACAAUAAAUAUUUAUAAGGGAUCGUUCAAGUAUUACGUAAGCAGAUUUAUUACAAUUAUUUACC